AUGAAUAUUUGGGUUGCAGCCAGUGAUGGUGAUGUUGCUGUUGUUGAAAAGUAUUUAAAUUCAGGUAAUGGCUUAACUGCUAACAGUAAAGAUCCUAAUGGAUACACUCCAGUACAUGCAGCAGCAGCCUAUGGUCAUAUAGGUUUACUAGAGAAGUUAUGCAAAGAGUAUGGUGGUGAUAUUAAUGUCAGAGACAGUGAUGGUGAUACUCCUUUGCAUCAUGUUGAAGAUGCAAACACAGCUAGGUUUAUAGUGGAAGAGUUAAACGGUGAUUAUAAAUUGACAAAUGAAGAAGGUAAGACUGCUUUAGAGGUCUUUGAAGAGGAUAGCGAGUUUCCUGAGCUUAUCCAAUACAUGAGAGUCAAGAUGGGGGUUCCUGCAGAGCAAGACAGUGUUUUGGGUGGGGUUGAUGGCGAGCAGUUACAACAAUUUAAAGAAAGUAUUCGUUAUACAUUGGAAAAUGAUCCAGUUGAUGAGAAUGAUACCGAAGCUUUAGAACGUAGAAAAGUCUUGGAAAGAAUCAUCCAAGGUGAGAAUGCUGAACAGGAAUUGGAAAAUUAUAUCAGAGAACUGGUUAGAUCCCAAAUGUUCGAAGAUAAUUCAGAAUCGAAUAAACGUAGAAAAUAA